AGGUCCACAUUCGAGUUGCAUCACCUCCAAUCCGGUUCCCAUGCUACAUGGGCAUUAACAUUCCUACCAAAGAGGAGCUAAUUGCUAAUAAACCAGAGUUUGAGGAUAUAGCGGGUUACAUUGGUGCUACAAGUGUCCGUUAUCUGUCAGUUGAAGGUCUGGUAUCUGCUGUUCAAGGUGGGAUAGAGUCACAUGGGAAAGAUGAGAGGAUCAGCACUAAGACUACUAGAUUUGGUCAUUGCACAGCCUGUCUCACAGGAAAAUACCCAGUGGAGCUGGAGUGGUGAAUUUCGGCCCACAUAAAUGUAUAUUCAUUUCUGUAUAGAAUAGUUUUUUUUUUUGUUUGUUUCUUUUGAAAUCAUUUGUUAAAAUGACUAAAACUGGAAUUAAAACUGUGCUGCUGCUUUAACAUUUGUUGCAGUUGUAAAUGUCGUAAGGCAGGCUAUAUACUGUUAGAAUUAAACACAAAAUAAAACAUUCCAUGCAUUUUUCAAUUUUCAAACAUUCCUUUUAAGAGCUGCAUUAAAAGCAUUCCUGUUGCUGUCAGAUUUCAAACCACUAGUUUGGUUAAGAUUCUUGUCUAGUAAAAACACUAUCUUGUAAAUAUCAAAACUAUUUUAUUAGAUCUGUUUCAGUACCCAUGUAAGCUUCUCAACUUUUUGUUUACUUAAUGUGCGCAUUAGCAGCUGUUCUUAAAGAAACAGAUUGUCUUGCUUUUCUGUUAGUCCUCAAGAGCACACAAAAUGAA